AUGAUUUUUUGGCUAAAGAUUUUGUUUCUGACUUUUUUAAGUCUAUCGAAAUUAAUUAGUAGUCAAAUAGAGGAAGUUGACGCUUCAAAUUCAUCAACAGGGAAUACAGGAAUACUUCCAAGCAUUAAUGAAUCUUCAAUAGUUGAAGAGCUACUAUCUUCAGAAAGGCAAGAAAACUCGAAAGUAAAAUCUUCACUAAGAUCUUUACAGGAAAAAAACAAUGCAGAAAAGAUUUUAACUUCUGGGAAAAAACCUGAAAAGGGAUGUGUCUUGUAUGUGUAUACACAAGAUUCUCCAAAUCCCACAGAAAUUGUUGAUGGGGCCUCUUCCUGUCCAGAGGAAGGAAAUAGAGGGUAUAUGUUACAAAGUGGAGUCGAAGAUGAGGCAAUUGCUGGGCCAUCAAACUCAAUUGUGGAGAUUUCACCAAUAGUUCAAGAAUAUUUUUGCAUCAAAAGAUCUAACUGUAUAAUUGCUAUAUCUGGAGUAGGGUUGACUCAGGAAGACUCAAUUUACCUAAUAAAAAACGAAGAAUACUCUCCAGAAAAGAGUCAAAAACAAAAGAGCCUAUUGUUAGGGGAAAUUUUAAGGAAAUGCCCUCCAAGCAAAGUUGGUUUGGGACCAUUUAGAGGAAUAAAAUCAUAUGAAACUUCAGAGCUUGUUAUUGGAGAUAACAUGCAAAAAGCUGCAACGAGACAAGCAACAGUAAUUUUUAACGUAAAUGGGAUAAAAGAAGAUGCUGAAAGCUUUACAAUUUGUUAUUCUCCUGCAAGAAGUAGAGCAUUUAGAGAAACGAUGAAUCCAAGAUUACAUAUUUAUUCAGCUGGUAUAUUAACUACGAAAGAAAGUGUAUCAUUUAAUUGUGAUUUCGAACUCCAAGGCUAUCUGGGAUGUGGAUUCAGUUCUCUCUUAGACUAUCAAACAAAGACCAGAUUUGAGCUUGGAGUAGGUGAAGAAACGGUUGUAGGAUCAAGACCAGAAAGUGACACAACUACAGGAGUAAAAGGAGAAGGACAUUAUAUAUUCUUUAGAGCACCUGGAUACAUGCCUGGAGCUUCAGCAGUUCUGAUAGGAAACCCAAGAGUAUAUAGCUUUGGUAGUCACUGUCUAACUUUAAGGUAUUUUAUGGCUGGAGCAGAUGUAAAUGUAUUAAGAAUAUAUAUGGCAUCAGGCCUUUUAAAUUCGGCUCAGCUUGAUGGAAGAGGAAACCGUUUAGGAAGCAAGAUCCCAAAACCUACGUUGCAUUAUGGACGCCCAAAUUGGCUUGUAGUGGGACAGCAAGGUCCUUCAUGGCAGUUUGGAGGAUUUGAAUUCUACUCAGAUGGAAUUACUCCUUUGAGAAUAAUUAUAGAGGGAGUUGGAGGUCGUUCAGAAGAUAGUUUGAUAGCUCUGGACGAUUUUAUCGUUAAGUCAGGACAUUGUUCAAACGAGGUUAUGAGAUCCAGUGAAAGAGAGGAUCAAAGAUGUGUAUGGGGAGAAGUUAGGUUGGUUAGCAGUAACUUCACAACUGAGAAAUCUUGGGAAGUAGAAGGAGCUUUGGGUUGUAGUGGAAGAACCUACUCUUUCAGUAAUAUUAAUGUGAAUUCUGAGAUGGUUUCAACCACUGACUGGAUUCCCUGUUGUCUGCCAGGAUAUGGAAACUAUACCGUAAGCUUGCAUGAUUCCUAUGGGGAUGGAUGGAAUAACGGAAGUUACUUAGAAUUCAGGUUCUUUGACGAAGUGAUUAAGGUUGGAGAAGGAUUCAAACAGGGAUCAUCUCACAAGACUGAGCUGAGCAUUGGUUCAAUUCAAAUAGAAAAAGUUGAGGCAGAUGAGAAGUCAAUUAGGGCUACAAUAAGGUCCAACAGAGAAGGUGUGGAUGUUUGGUGUGGAAUAACCAGAGCUGGGAGUAUUACCCCAUCAGUUUCAUUACUUAAGAAGCAUGGACAAAAAACCCCAAAAUCUCUUAGUAUAAAGGAGAAUCACACUUUUGUGAUCUCAUCAUUUUCCAAGGGUGAGAUAAGACCUAAUACUGAAUAUGAUCUUUUCUGCUUUUCCGAGGAAGUUAGCAGGAUCAUUAAGAAUAAGGACAGAACAGAUAGUUCCAAUGCAGAUGACCUUUCUGUAGAGUAUUCUAGAGUAAGGGUAACUACAGACUCGAAAAGUCCAGAACUUGAAAUAAAACAAUUUAAGACUUUAGAAGAAAGUGUUGAACUUACUUUGAAGAUGGAUGAAUCUGGAACAAUUUGGUGUAUGGCAGAUAAAAAUAACAACUUUUCAAGAAUAAGAGGGGAUUUAUCUAUAAAAGACCACCAUAUUGAUGAACAGAGGCUUGUAAAGCUUAUAAAGAGUAGUGGAGUUGAGAGAAAUGUCUCCAGCAAGGAGAUAAGCGGAGAUAUUAAAAUAUCAAUAAGGAAUUUAAUUCCAUCCACAGAGUAUGAUGUAGUCUGCUUGGCAGAGGAUUUAGCAUUACCAAGGUCAAAUAGAAUAAGUUUUUCAAAAGUUUUAACAAACUUAACAAAAAGGAUGACUACUAAAGACAGAGUUCCGAAGAUCGAGAUCUCAAGGAUUGUACCAGAACUUGGAAGAUUUAACAUUGUUGUUAAAAGUGAUACUCCUGGAACCGUUACCUGUGUGGCUACCUUACCAGAGGGUAUGUAUCCAAGUCCAAGUGAAAUAGAAAAGUAUGGUCAAAAGAUCGAACUGAGUGAUCCUAAAGAAGAAAAGCAACUUAUUUUGAAUGGAAUUGAAGGUAAUCAAAAGUAUAUUAUUUAUUGUAUGGCUCAGAGUAGGACAGGAUUGACUAUGACCAUUUCAGAUAUAUGGGCAACAGCAAAGGAUAUUUCUUCUUUUGGAAAGUUCUGUGAUAUUCCUUCAUAUCCUUCAGAAGUAGAAAAUGGAAUAGAAACUCCUUUUGAUCCCCUGACAUAUUUAGAAGAAAUGAAAGUUAGGAGUUAUUUUGAUUCAGUAAAGGAGAGUGUCGGGUCAAAAGGUCCUUAUAGAAUCACAUUAUUUGUAAAUAAAACUGAGGCCUAUGAAUACUUCGAUUCACUAGACCUUCAUAAAAGAACACCUGAGCUUUAUCCAAAGCCAGACCCUCCUAAGAGAUUUGCAAGAGUUAGAUUCGGAUCCUGUAAUGAGACAGAAAACAUGAAUAAUCCUCUUGGACUUAAUGGUCUUUACCACCAGUGGAAAGUUGGACCCAUUACUUUAACCAAAAAAGAGACUGAGAAUAUUGGUUUAUGGAAUAUAGCAGAUUCAAAUAGUACUACGAAAGGAAUUGAAGGAACUGAUGAAGCUACAACUAUGAAACAUUACCCAAUUUCCGAGCCAAGGCCAGUAGAAUGUGAUGGUUGGAAUCCUACAGGACCCUUUGGAAGGAGGUUGGAGCAAAUCAUAAUAAAUGAAGGAGGUAACACCAGAUUUGCAGUCCCAAUGCUAAAACUAGGAGAACUUUUGGAACAGAAUACUUUGGAUAAGAUAGUAUUCGAGACUUGUGGGAAUUAUCUUCCCAGGGACCAAGUAGUUGGAAAGGACUAUGUUAAGUUAGGCCCAAUCAUUUAUCAACCCCAUAAUGCAACUUCUGGAGAUAACAUAGAAGUUCAGGAAACAGAAGACAGAGAUGAAGAGGAUGAUGAUGAGGAUAUGGAGCCAAAGCUAUGGAUUGGUUUGAAGACAAAAGAAGGAAACCAGUGCCCAAUCUUUUUUGAAUUGAAGGCACCCUAUACAACAGUAGAGAGUAUUAGAAAUGGCCACGCCAAGAUAGAGUUUGACAGAAUGCAUCAAAUGCUGGUAAAUAAGAUUUGGUACGACGGGACUUCAUUCAAGAGCCUUCAGGAUCUGGUUAAUUCCUAUAAUGAGGCCAAAAACAGUAUUGAGAAAAACAAAAGUUUAGGUAAUGUAUUCAACAACCUUCCUUUGAAUCUGGUUACUCCAAAUAUUCUACAGGAAAGAAGAAUUCAAAGAGAAAAACAGAUGAGCGAAUUAAGACUAAGAAAACUUCAAUUCCUUGAAAUGUUCAGUAGAGGAGGAUUGGAAACAAGGGCCAAGCCAGAACACUGUGAACCUGGAGGAAGAAGGUUCCAGGUUUUUAAGUCCCCAAAUAGAGAGGCAUACACAGUUAAUUGGAUUGGUUGGGAAUUGACUUUAACAAAUGAUCGAGAUAGUGGACUUAAGAUAUGGAAUUUAACAUUUUUGGGUAGAAGAGUAGCUUUUGAAGUUGCAAUGGUAGAUGCAAUGGCUCACUAUACUGUAUUUGAAAGACAGUGGUUCUUCUUAGAUAGCUGGUAUGGAGGUCUGGGUACAGCAGCUAGAAAGGUUCAUCCUGGUGUUGAAUGCGCAAACACUGCUCAAACCAUCUUCUGGGAUAAUAGUGCUUGUAUCUUUGAGCUGGAUUCUGGAAGGCCAAUCAGAUCUCACUGGAAAUCUGGAGGUAUCAAAGAUGCUGCACCUCUCACUAGUCUAAUUAUCAGACAAAUUAUUACAGUCUCAAACUAUGAUUAUAUUGUAGAUCUUAUUUUGUAUAAUCAAGGAUCAUUUGAAAUGGGAGUAAGCUUUACAGGUGAGUUAUAUGCAGGUUUGGAGGUACCAUACUUCUCUGCCAAACAAAAGAAGUAUGGGACUCAGAUUACUCCAUCUGGACAAAUGGCAGCUCUACAUUCCCACUUUGCUGUUUGGAAGGUUGAUUUUGACCUUGGACCAGAUUACACAGAUAAUUCUGUAGCGUGGAUCAAAGUAAGGAGAGAUCCUGAAAAGGAAGGACACCAUAUGUUGGAAAGAAUUAUAGCAGAGAGAGAGACUAAUGCCUACUCUAUGUUAAAUGAGACUCACCACCACCCUAAAGCUUACUUCGUUAUUGAUGAAAAGUUACAGACUUAUGGCAAUGUUGGUGGUUUUAUGAUCAAAUCUAUAAAAUCUAUUGCAGACUUAAUGCCUGAACACGAACUUUACUCAGGCCCUGCAUCUUGGUCAAAGUAUGAUUUGGCAUCCUCGGUAUUUAAGUACUCAGAACUGGAUGCAGAUCUUCCAAGAGACAAUAAAUUUGCCACAAAACCAGCUGUAAGAUUUGACUCCUUUAUAAUGGAUGAUGAAGUAAUCAGACAUAAAGACGUUGUAACAUGGGUCACAUCAGGAAUUUGGCAUAUUCCAACAUUGGAAGAUGUUCCUCAAACUACUGCACUUGGAAAUACUUUAGGAUGGUAUGCAAGGCCAUUUAAUUGGUGGCCUAUGGACCCUAGUAUUACUCUUCACAAUGCUGUCAGAGGAGACUUUGUUGACCCAGGUACAUGUGCACUCCAAAGAAAAGGGAAUCUGUUCCAACUCAUCAAGGUGGUUGAAUAA